UUAAUGCUAAAAGCGGAUGUUUUCCAUUCGGUGCACUUCCGGAAAGCUCAGUUAGCUGUCGAAGCAGACUGGUUAAUUUCCACUGACAAUGACCGCACAUGUAUAGUGAGCUCUGCUAUAAAAUGGGGAGCAUACUAUUAAUUACCCUUCUGGCUCCUUGCUGGGUGAACGCUGCAAUUAAGUCGAGGACUGCUACCGAAGCCAAUCACGGAGACCACCCCGAGUUCGAUGAUCUGAAUUCCAUUCUGUUGGAUUAUGAGGUGCUGCCUUUGUCAGGCCUCCAGCUGCACUCUGUGAGAAAGAGGGAUGUCCACACCCAGUCCCACCUUGAGCGCCUGGUGAGCUUCAGAGCCCUGCACAGACAGUUCAAGCUAUACUUGACCACAAACACAGACCUUUUCACUGACAACUUCAAAGCUUUGUUUGUUGACAAACAUGGGAGGAAGGAGAAUUAUGAUGUUCAGCUCCAGAACUAUUUCACUGGACAUGUUGUUGGGGAGGAGAAUUCCCGGGUGCAGGCACACAUAGAUGGAGAUGAGUUUUCUGCUCACAUUCUAACUGAUGAAGCAGAAUACAAUGUAGAGCCGUUGUGGAGGUUUACUGAUUUCCCAGCUGAUGGCAAGUUGCUGGUUUAUCGUUCAGACGAUAUCAGGAAUCUGAGCCGCAUUGCUUCUCCAAAAGUGUGUGGCUAUGUCAAUGCAGAGGCCAAGGAUCUUUUGCCAGAGACUGCCAGGACGGACUGGGAAGGGCAGGAAAAGGUGGACCAGGAAGAGGAAUACCACCACAGAGAGAAGAGACAAGUUCACGACCACAGGAAGAAUACCUGCCCACUGUUGCUGGUUGCAGACUACCGCUUCUUCAAACACAUGGGCCGCGGACAAGAGAGCAUUACUCUGAACUACCUGAUUGAGCUGAUUGAUCGAGUUGAUGACAUUUAUAGAAACACAACAUGGAAUGAUGAGUUCAGAGGCUAUGGGGUCCAGAUCCAUCAGAUCAUUAUUAACAAGGAGCCUACAGAGCCUCCCUCUGGCCAGUCCAGCUGGGUCCAUUAUAACAUGAAGAACAGCCCUGUGAAAGGAAAGGAGGUCUGGGACGUGAAGAGACUUCUGGAGCAAUUCAGCUCAGACAUCGCUGACAAUGCCUCCAGAGUAUGUCUGGCCCACCUGUUCACCUACCAGGAUUUUGAUGAGGGGACAUUGGGCCUGGCCUAUGUGGCCCCCUCCAAACCUAUGGCUCUGGGUGGCCUGUGCCCAAAACCUUACUAUCCAUCUCAUUCUUCAAAGAAGCCAAGUUACCUCAACACAGGCCUGACCAGCACCAAGAACUACGGCAAAACCAUCCUCACAAAGGAGGCAGAUUUGGUAACCACUCAUGAGCUGGGCCAUAACUUUGGGGCAGAGCAUGAUCCUGAUAAUAUCCCGUACUGUGCCCCCAGUGAUGACCAGGGGGGAAAGUUUGUCAUGUACCCUAUUGCUGUGAGUGGAGAUCAUGUGAACAACAAGCAUUUUUCCAACUGCAGCAAGAUUUCUGUAGGAAAGACAUUAAGUUAUAAGGCACCUCAGUGUUUCAAAGAGAGGAACAGUAAAGUCUGUGGAAACUCCAGAGUAGAGGAUGGGGAAGAUUGUGACCCUGGGCUUCUCCACAUCAAUGAUGACCCCUGCUGCACGUCUGGCUGCAAGUUCCGCAGUCAUGCACAGUGCAGUGACAGAAACAGCCCUUGCUGCAAGAACUGCACUUAUGCACUGAGAGGAACAACAUGCCAGGAGUCCAUCAAUGCCACCUGUAAAGGCAAAGCCGUCUGCACAGGUAACAGUAGUGAAUGCCCACCUCCUGAAAAUGCGGCAGAAGACACAGUGUGUGUUGACAAAGGCCGGUGUCACAAUGGAGAGUGUGUCCCCUUCUGUACGGCUAUGCAGAACCUUCAGCCCUGUGCUUGCAAUGAUACUGAGGACUCCUGCAAAGUGUGCUGCAGGAGUAAAAAUGGCACCUGCUCGCCCUGCAUCCAUGAUGGUAACUUUCUUUUCCUCCGCAAAGGAAAACCCUGCACUGUGGGCUUCUGUGAUGAAGGCGGAAAAUGCAUGAAGCAGGUACAGGAUGUGAUAGAGAGGCUGUGGGACUUCAUUGACAAGCUGGACAUAAACACAUUUGGGAAGUUCUUGGCUGAUAACAUAGUGGGCUCAGUCGUGGUGUUUUCCCUCAUCUUCUGGAUUCCUCUCAGUAUCCUGGUUCAUUGUGUGGACAAGCGACUCGACCAGCAGUAUGAGGAGACCACAAAGUCAUUUUACUAUCCUCCAAAUAAUCAAGACAUGCUCGAGUCAGCAGCCGUGCGCAUCGUCAAGCCUCCUCAGCCUCCCUCCUCCUCCGGCGGCCGGACCGCGCCCUUCACCCAGCCCCCACAGCCUCAGCAGCAGAGCCAGGUCCGGGCCACACUCGCAGCCAGCAUCGCCAGUACCCCGGCCCCCGGUCUGAACUCCGUCCCCACCCCGGACAGCGCAGGGGGACUGCGGAUGGCCACCAUCCAGGAGGACACCAGCAGCGACUCUCACCUGGGAGAGGAGGGCCUGCCGGACGAUUUCACAACCGCAGGAGCCUUCUCGUCGGCUACGAAAUCCUCCUUCGAGGAUCUGACCGAUCAGAACCUACCAGCCAGGGACCGGCGGCGCCUUAAGAGGCAGGACUGCAUCGAUAGUAAAGAGACGGAGUGCUGAGUGAAAACAAGUGGUCCUUUUUUGUUCAAAGGAGCCGACAUGCACAGGCAUCCUGAUAUCUGUUUUCAGGGAACAUGAGCAAAUGUGCAGCCUCCUGUGCUUUUCUUUCUUAUCAAAUCAAAGGCUGCAGCUGUUAGUAAAGAAUAAUAUAUCUUUUGUAGAUCAGAUUUUAGUGCUCUAAAGGUGUUUAGUUAGUCACAUGAAAUUUAAAUUGAGCCACUGAACAGAUACACAAGAAGUCUCAAAUCCCUCUAAAACCAGAUACAGACGAAUUCAUGUUUUUGUGCCUUUAGGUAAAGGUUUCCUCUGCCAGUUGAAGCUUUGACAGCUGAGGAGGUCUAUAGAAAUAAUAACCACAGCCAGUUCUUUAAAAAUAAUGUUCAUUUUAUAGUAACCCAAUAGCUAAAUUUGUUUCUGACAAUGCAAAUAUUGGACAGGAACAAAAAGAUAAAUAUUCAAGUAAAAUCCCCACAGAUUAAAAAUGAUAAUACUAAUCCUUAUUCUAAGGCUUAUUCUGUAUUAUACUGUAAGUAACCUAGAGUUGUGUAUCAUCAGUUUAAAAAAAAAAAAAGUGAAGGGCAUCAAGUGAACAAGCUCACACAUAAUUGCUUGCUCCAAACAGGGUCCAGAAGCCGCACAAGCCUCGCCAGUAUGAUCCAGAAACAGUCAGUUAUGUAUAUUGAUGUUGUAACUGUGACUGUUGUUUUUCACUGAAGGAAACAUUUACUGUGAGUGAAAACAGAACAUAAAGACGAGUCGAUCUCAUUGCUGAACCUCAAGUGUUUUUAACAUCACUGGAGAAUUGUUUAGUUUUACAACAUGUUUAUACAUGUUCUGUUCUGUUUCUCAUCCCUUGUUUCUUUGACUUACAGUCCAACAUUUUAAUAGUCAACAUCGUGUUUUUUAGUAGGUGGAGCUUAAAGUGAGGAGAAGUAAUAUCAGCUUGUUAAAGCUUCAGUAUUGUGAUGGUUAGAAAAAAAGGGUCUCCUGUGUGACCCUGUAGGAAACAGUAUGGUGCCUUUUUGGAUUUUGUGACCAACUGUCCCAUGGUGGUUUAUAUCCAUAGACAAUUCCCAGCAGCUGAAUGCUGGAACAUUCUGGAUUUAGGUUUUGAGAAAUAGUUUUGGUUUAGUCUAUGUGCCAAGGUGAGCUCUGCACUCCUUUAUUAUUAUUUUUUUUUAAUACUGUCUCACCACUGUUACCUGCUCUGUCUUAUGUUAAGAAAAUAUGUAAGGUCAAGAAAAAAAAAGACUGUAGCUUUUAGUGUACAGGAUGGAUGUGAAAGUGGACAAAACAAGCCUGCUGUAUAUCAGAUGUGUAUAUUCCUAAUGUUUUUAUGCUUACAAACAUCUGCUCAAGUUUCUUUUACAACUUUUGCUUGUUUCCUACACAAAUCUCAAAAUAAAAAAAAGUUUGUGCACCGA